AUGACCACCCUCCCACCCCCCACCCGCCCCCUAAACAUCCUCUUCCUCCACGGCUACACGCAAUCCGGCCCCUCCUUCCAAGCCAAAACCGGCGCCUUACGAAAAACCCUCCAAAAAGCCUUUCCGGCAGGAAUUACCCUGCACUACCCCACAGCCCCAAUCCGCCUCCACCCCGCCGACGUGCCGUGGCAGUUGGAAAAAGACACCUCCGCUGAAGCUGAAGAGGCGGAAGUCGACGCCUGGGCAUGGUGGCGCCGCAAAGGCGACGCGGACAGCGGACCAUACACAUACGAAGGCCUCGAGGAGGGACUAUCCCGCAUCGCGGACGUGCUGCGGCGCUCCGGCCCCUUCGACGGCGUCGUAGGCUUUUCGCAGGGCGGCGCGAUGGCGGGGAUGGUCGCAUCGCUGCUGGAACCCGGGCGGCGGUCCGCAUUCGAAGCGGCGUACAGCACAGGAGGGAUGCAGUAUCCCUCCUCGUUUGAAGCGCUGGACCACGCGCCGCUGAAGUUCGCGGUUAGCUACUCGGGGUUCGCGGCGCAGGGGGAGAAUCCGUACCGUGCGUUUUACGAGCCGAAGAUUGCGACGCCGGUGCUGCAUUUUAUUGGGUCGCAGGAUGUGGUUGUGCUUGAGGAGCGGAGUUUGGCGCUUGUGAGGGCGUGUGUGGGGCGCGGGGAGGGGGAUGUCGUGUAUCAUCCUGGGGGGCACUUUUUGCCGAGUACGCAGAAGGCGUGUGUUAAUGCGUUGGUGGGGUUUAUUAAGGGGGUUGUUGCGGAUGGGGAGGGGGAUGGGGAGGGGAAGAAGGAGGAAGAGAGUGUUGAGGAUAUGGAUGUCCCAUUUUGACAAUCAUUUUCGGAACAGCAUUUUGGGAGUAUGGAGUUUACUAGAGGGAGCAAGAUAUAGAUAGAUGGAUAGAUAGAUUGGCAUUGGUUUAGACGUGUAUCAUGCAUGCGCAGUGCAUGCGCGGAGCCGUAUAGAGGGCUCGCUCAUAUCUAGCCUAAUCAUGAUUGUUUCUAAACUUCAUC